AUGUUCGAUCUGAUUUUCCGCAUCUGGAUCACAUCGAAUCCGAAUCCGAAUCUAUUACCGGAUUUGCGAUCGUUUGACAAUGACGGCUGUGAUCUGAACGAAGUCGGUGAUGCUGCUACUGUUGACGGUAAUGUCGGUGGCAAUGGGAACAGCAAUGUCGGUGGGCAUGGGAAGGACGAUACUGAUGAUUCUUCCUAUGUAUUUGUCAACGGUAGUAUUGAGGCGGUUGCUGGUGAUCCUGCUGAUAAGGGGGGUAAUAAUGUAGAUGCUAUCUCUCCUAAAUCUGAUUCGGCUGAUGAAGUUGACCAAUUUCAGAAAGAAAAAUUAGGUUUGGAAAACGGGGAAAUAGCUGUUGAUCCGUUGGUGUUGGAAACUAAUGGCAUCGUUAAUAGGUCUGCAACAGUAGGGGAUCCUGAUGUUAAAGCUGAUAAAGAUGAAGUGAAUCUCGAGAAUGGAUCCACUAUUGAUCCUCUUGUGCCGCUGGAGAGUAAUGACAUUGCUCAGGAUGUUAAUGGCCAUCUUGGCAAGAACACAGGGGAAGAAGAUCAAGUUGUUAAGAGCACUGAAAUGGAUGAUGCUAAUGGGAUCACAAAUCUUGAAGCCCAAACGGAUGAUAUUGUUUCUGGAAUUACUGUUGAUCCUGAGUCCACUCUAAACCCAAUAGAGAGUUCACAAGUGACAGUUUUUGAGUCAGAGUCUAUGAAGGAAUCGGAAUCUCAAGUGACAAUCACUCAGUCUGUGUCCACGCCUGAUCUAAUCAACACAACAGAUGAGUCACUCUGUACUGCCAAUCCAGUUAGGGACACAGACUGUGAAGUGGUGGUUAAUGAUGGGCAAGAGUUUGUUAGCAAUCAGAUGGAUACAGCAGAAGGUCAAGUAACAAUUGAUGUGUCGAGUAAGCCAUCUGAAGAUUUGGAAUGUCAAGUAACAUCUGAUCUAUCAGAAUCUUAUGAAAGUCCACCUCAGGAACUAGAAGGUCAAGUAACAGUUGAUGGGCCUGGUAAGCUAGCUGAAGAUUUGGAAUUUCAAGUAACAGCUGAUGAGUCGGAAUCUUCUAAAAGUCCACCACAGGAACUAGAAGAUCAAGUAACAGUUGAUGGGCCUGGUAAGCCGUCUGCAGAUUUGGUAUGUCAAGUUAUAGCUGAUGAGCCAGAAUCUGAAAGUCCAAUCAAUGAACAAGAAUGUCAAGUUCCAGUCAACGGGUUAGACUCCAUUGACAGUUCAGUUGACAAUCAAGAAUCUCCAGUAUCAGUUGAUGUGUCAGAAUCUAAUGGUAAUCAUACUGAGGAAGUAGAUACCACUACAAAAGUUGAGGAGUCCGAUGGAAAGUCAGAAGAGCAUCAGGAAUUGUCAGUUGUUGACUCAGAGGUCAAUGUAGAAGCUGAACCAAAUAUUGUCUGCAAUGGGAUAGAAGCUGAGCACCAGAGUGAAUUGGUGUCAGCUCCCUGCAUAUCUGAGACCAAUAAAGCUGAAGAGACAGUGAUUGAAUUAGAAGCAGAACCCGAAGAGAAUCCAGAUUCAGGACUUGUGUUAUCUGAGGGUGCAGAUAUUCUAACCAAUGGACAAGUUGAGAAGUCAGAUGGGAUUCUGGAGAUGGAAGAAACUCAGAUUUCUCAAACAGUGGCUGAUGAAGAUGUACCUUUAAAGCUUGAUGCCGAGGAGAAAAAAUCAGAAGAGACACUUGAGAAACAAGUGGAGGGAAGCUCAGAAACACCGGUCAAAGUUACAGAACCUGUUGAAUUUGAGACAAACAUUCAAGAGAUGAAGGAACAUGUCAAGUUAGAAGAUGAGAUUCAGGAAUCACAAACAGAGGUUAUAGACAAUGUUCAAGAUGAUAUGAAUCAGGAGGAUAACUCAACAGAAUCCACCAUUGUGGCUGAAGCACCAUUGGAGACAGAAACUAACAUUGAGUCCAUCGCUCAUGAGGAUACAGUUUCACAAAUUGAAGUCAACAAUUGUGUUGAUGAAACUCAAGAAGGCUUCCAACAAGAUGAAAGUGCUGAAAAUGUUAAAAUUUUGCCUUCCACUGAUUCUAUGGAAUCACAAUGCAAUAAUGAGAAUGGACCUGUGAUUGAAAAUGCUGAUGUCCCUGAAGAAACAAAAGUUGAGGACACUCCUGUUGAAGAUGAUUCCACAUCAAGAAUCCCUGAAGCAUAUGUGAACUCUGGAGCUGUGAUUGAAUUUGGCUCAAUUGGGCGUCAUGAAACAGUUCCUAAUAUGCCUAAUGGUGAUAUCAUUGCUGUGCCAGAUGUCAUAAAUGGGGAGACCAAACCUGCUUCUGGUAUUGAUAGUGACAAUUCUGAACAAAAUGUUGAUGACAAAAUGUCUUGUCCAGAAACCGAAGACAUGAAUGGCAUUCAGAAGGAUGAGAUUCCUACAUCUUCUGUAGAGGAUUCUGUAAGUGAUGCUCCUGAUGCACAGAAUGAAGAAGAAGAAGAAGAAGCUGAGGUUCUACCAUAUAAUUUCUUAAUUAGGAUUCCAAGAUUCGAGGAUGAAAUGUUUAAAGAUCAGAUUAGAAGUGCUCAGCUGCAAGUUGAUGAGAAGACACGCCUCCGAGAUGCAAUCCGAGUUGAAAUUCAAAGCAAACGUGCAAGGUUGAGAGCCAUUAAUGAGGCAUUUAAUACAGCAAAACAAGAGGAAACAGCUGCAAGACGGUUAGUUAGAUUAAAGCGACAGGAAAUAGACUCUGUUCAGGCUGUCAUCAACCGCUUGAAGAAUGCAGAGUCUGUUGGAGAUAUUAAUCACAGGAUAUACAAUAUGGAGCACAUGAUACAACAUGAAACAUUGUCUUUAAAAGAUGAGAAAAACCUCAUUCGUGAGAUUAAACAGCUUAGGACUCUUAGAGAACAACUAGCCUCGAAUAUGGGGAGCCAAGAUGAAAUUCAACAGGCUAUGGACCAAAAAGAUCAAACCGAGGAAAAUAUGAGGACUUUAAGGAAGGAACUGGACGUUUUAAAAGUAAAGCUAACAAAAGCUGAAGCAGCUACUGCAGCAGUGGGAACGAAGUAUGAUGAGCUAAGCAGAAAGGAAAGAGAACUGCAAGAUCAGUUCAGAGCUGCAGAUGAUAUUCGUCAAAAAGCAUAUGCUCAUUUAAAUAGUUUGAAGAAACAAUCAUAUGACAAGAACAAAAACUUCCGCCUGUACAAGGAAGACGUAAUGGCAGCAAGAGAUUUCGCAUCACGUGGAGAUAAAGACUCACUUCAUCGUUUGUGCGCGAAUCAGGUUGAAGCAUUUAUGGAACAAUGGAACAACAAUGAUGAGUUCAGAAAUGAUUACGUCAACAGGUGCAAUAUGAACGCAACCAGAAGACAGAAAUAUUUUGAUGGAAACUCACUCGGUCCUGAUGACGUGUCACACGUCCUCCCGCCCAGUGAAACAGUCGACAGGAAUCUGGUUUCAAUUCCGACGGACGCAAAGCCGGUGUCCGUCAUUCCAACCGUGAAACAAGAAACCGUGGUUUCACUUUCCUAUUCCGAAGAUAGUAAACCCAUCAAGAAUGUAACGGUGGAAAAGAAUCAGACAUUGAAAACCAAUGAUGUUAAAAAGGAAAGUGAAAGUGAUACAUCAGCAGCCGACAAUAAUAAUAAAAAGGAGGAAGAAGCGAGAAAAGAGGAAAUGGAAUUGGCUAGAAAAGCUGAGGAAUUGAGGAAACAAGAGAUUGAAACGAAACUGAAAGAGCAACGAAGGCUGGAGGAAAAAGCUAAAGCAACCGAAGCAUUAGAAAGGAAGAAACGCAUCGCUGAAAAGGCCCAACUCAGGGCCGAGCUGCGGGCCCGCAAGGAAGCCGAGCAAAAAGAAAAGGAGAGGGAGAAGCGGAUGAGAAAGAAGGAAAAGAAGAAGGCGGGUGGAGAUGGGAGUGUGAAUGGAGAAGAAGCUGCAAGUUCAGAAAGCUCAAACGAGGCUACAACUAAAGAGGACAUGAGCAGCAACAGUAACAGUGUGAUGAAAAAGAAAAAGGCGGCACAGAAACCGCCAGCUCAUUUCUUUUCAAAGCAGCUGAAACCGAAACCGGUCCCACCGCCAGCUUCAAUCAGAAACAGGAAGAGGUGGCAUCAGUGGGUGAAACUGGCAUUGGCUGCUAUUGGUGUCCUUGCUCUGUUUCUUUUGGGUAACACCGGCUUCUUUAUUAAUCUUAAGGUCCGCAAGACCGAUGGCAGUGCUGGUAUCUGAAUGAAUGAGAUAUAGAGAAAGCGUUUUUUUUUUUUUUUUUUGGUUUCUUG